UCUUUUUUUAAAUAGGGCGACAUUUUUAUCAAGGUUGGAUUUUUAGGUAUAAACUGUGCUCUAAACAAUUGCCAUCGGGCGUAAUUAAUUCUUGAAGCUAUGGAAAAGAAAGAUGGUGCCAAAUGUGAUCCGGGAUGGAACGAUCCACCAUUGUUUUCUUACGAAACUCAUACAGCCCAACUCAAGGCUUCCAAGCCAAGAACAUUCCUGAACAAAAGAGUUGCAUUUCCUUUACACGGAGCCUCACCGCCUACAUCCUCUAGUCCUCCCGUUGACCCAACUGCGCCGUUAUCCAUGAGUAAUUUAUCAAAGUUACCUCCCCCACCUAUGGGGACUUUCACACCCCCUAAGGAAACACCAAUGAGAAACGAAGCCUGCCUCAACGAGAAUAGUUUGGAUUCUUCACAAUUAUUGAGAGCCGUGAUGACCAAUCUCUGUGACAUCUUGGACUCAGCGUUUCAAGAUGAAGAAAAGGACAAAGCUGAAAUCCAGCGGAGAUUAGACAUCCUAAGGAAGAUGUGGACGGAUGAUAAACUAUGCCAAGAUGUACAACAGAAGAUAUUUGCGCUUUCAAAAGCGCUGAAGGACAACGAGGUUGAGAAAGCUGACGACUUGCAGAAAUGUCUGAUGGUCGACCACGCUUCCUCUUGUAGUCCGUGGAUGUCCGGUGUCAGACAGCUGAUUCAUCAUCAAGACUGUUCCAUGAAAAGUGAUGAUGUUACAGCUGAUCAGGAAGUUCCAACAAUGCCAGAUGAUCCAGCUGAUUCGAGUGCUCUGUAGUAACAAUUACCAAUACUUCCAAGCCCAACUAACUGUGAUAAGGAUACAAUCCUUGGUGAUUAAUUUACAACAGUAUCGUAAAGUAUUUGUAACUGUCCGUAAGGUCAAGUUUUAUCAACUUGAUAUUUAACCAAUGCUUUUUUCACACGUUUUCAUGUUGACUUUAUUCAAAGUUCACUAAAAGUCGAGUCUUGUUUAUUUAAAACAAUAAGAUAAGUGGAUGGUUUUCCAAAAAGCUGUGAACUUGACCCAAAUAGUAGGUUGCAAAUUGGCAUAUGUUUUGUAAGAUAUUUUUAUGCUUGUCUUUGUGAGAAUUUAUUAAGUUUUUAUUACAAUCCAGUGAUGCAUUAUUUUUUAGCAGUAAGAUGAAACUUAACGAUUGUCAAAUCAAUAUUUUGGGAUUUUAAACAUUUAUAAUGAGGCCUGUCCACAUAACAUUCCAUAUCAUAGACUUGUAAAAUAUAGAACAGUUGUGCAAUUUAAAAAAACUAAAGAAUCCAUUGAGCCCAAUUUGUUUCGGCAGUUAAACCAUAUAUGUUAAAUAUUUAAAAAAAUAUUGACAAAUAUAUAAAACUAGUAAUUCUUCCUCAGUUUGCUGUUAUUUAGUGUUACUAUAUUUUACUGACUAUUAUGAGGUUGUUAUAACUAAUAAAUAUAUUUAUG